CCUAACAAAAUUCCAAUUACCCAAUCCCGUUCAGUUCUUCGACGGCACUUUUCCACUUCGGCCGUCCCCUACCUCUCUGAUCCACACACAGCACACACACAAAUGGGUCGUGUGAUCCGGGCACAGCGUAAGGGAGCAGGAUCCAUUUUCAAGUCUCAUACCCACCACCGGAAAGGUCCGGCCAGAUUCCGUACCCUCGACUUCGGCGAACGCAAUGGCUACCUGAAGGGGGUGGUGACUGAAAUCAUUCACGACCCAGGCCGUGGCGCCCCCCUGGCUCGCGUUACCUUCCGCCACCCCUUCCGGUACAAACACCAGAAGGAGCUUUUCGUCGCCGCCGAAGGAAUCUACACCGGUCAGUUUAUUUACUGCGGGAAGAAGGCCAACCUUGUGGUCGGAAAUGUGUUGCCGCUCAGAUCUAUUCCUGAAGGUGCCGUCAUUUGCAACGUGGAGCACCAUGUUGGUGAUCGUGGCGUUUUUGCUAGGGCCUCUGGAGAUUACGCUAUCGUUAUCUCGCACAACCCAGAUAAUGGAACGUCUAGGGUUAAGCUCCCAUCAGGAGCCAAAAAGAUUGUGCCCAGUGGGUGCCGUGCCAUGAUUGGCCAGGUUGCUGGAGGAGGUCGUACUGAGAAACCACUUUUGAAGGCCGGGAAUGCUUAUCACAAGUUCAGGGUCAAGAGGAACAGCUGGCCCAAGGUUCGUGGUGUUGCUAUGAAUCCAGUGGAGCAUCCCCAUGGUGGUGGUAACCAUCAACAUAUUGGUCAUGCCAGUACCGUACGUCGUGAUGCACCACCUGGACAAAAGGUUGGUCUCAUUGCUGCCAGGAGGACUGGACGGCUUCGUGGUCAAGCUGCUGCUACUGCCUCUAAAGCUGAUAAAAGUUAAGGGAUGCCGAUUUUAAUUUUAUUACUGUUUUUUCUUUUUGUUGCGUCUGGAUUAGAUACUACUACUUAAAUUGCAACAUUUUUGUCGUAACCACAUGAUAGAUUUUGUUGGUCUUUUUUUCGUACUGAGCCUUGUUUUAGAGAUAUCCUAAUUUGGACGAAGUUAGGUUUUUCAUUUGAUGUUAUCAUCCGUAUAGCAGGAUUCAACUUGAGUUCCACGAUUAAUAUUUCGAAAAGUCAAGUUCGAUAAUUA